GCAACGAUAAUAAUAGUCAUCAAUAAUAUCAGCAAUAGCCAGAAAGGUCAACCAACAUGUCAUCCAUCCUGAACAACCAUAGCCAUAUAAUGAAAGAAUUAUUAACCAUAUAGUCAUUCGAAUAAUUACAUUGGAUUCUGGAACACUCAAACCGUCAUCAGCAUUGAGCGACUUGUUUAUUUUUAUUGUCGUGAUUAUUAUGACACUUUUACGAAAACUAGCCAUAUCAGCAACAACAACAACACCAACAACAACGACAGCAGCAGCAGCAGCCACAGCAACAACAAGAAACAAAGCAUCGGAGGUGGUGUCAUUAGGUUUAUACGCAUCUCAGUCGCAACCAUUACACAUGCCGCUGCUGGAGGCAUCAACGGCCACACAUGCAAGAUAUUUGAAUUUCAUUGCCGAAGGCCUUAUUGACGAUGGAGCUGGCGGUCCUGGCAGCGGCAGUGGCAUCAGCGGCAGCGCUGUUGGAGGCAGCAGCAGCGGCAGCUCUGCUGUACCCAUUGAAGACGUUGUAGCUGGAACUGGCCAGGAUAUGAAUGUGAGUGCUGCCACCGCCGAUGAUGAUGAUGGCAACACACACUUGACAUUUGUCAUCGUCAAGUGCUUCAUUAUUGGUUUCAUAAUACUGGCUGCCAUUCUGGGCAACAUGCUGGUGAUUGUGUCCGUUAUGCGGCACCGGAAAUUGCGUAUCAUAACCAACUACUUUGUGGUUUCACUGGCUGUUGCCGACAUGCUGGUUGCCCUGUGUGCUAUGACUUUUAAUGCUUCCGUUAUGAUAUCGGGCAAAUGGAUGUUUGGCUCCCUGAUGUGCGACAUGUGGAAUAGUUUUGAUGUCUACUUCUCUACGGCCAGCAUAAUGCAUCUCUGUUGUAUAUCGGUGGACAGAUAUUAUGCCAUUGUUCAGCCACUGGACUAUCCCCUCAUCAUGACGCAUCGCCGUGUGUUCAUUAUGCUGCUAAUGGUUUGGCUAUCACCAGCAUUGCUAUCAUUUCUGCCCAUUUGCUCGGGCUGGUAUACCACUAACGAGAACUGGAAAUAUCUCAAGUCACAUCCGCAUAUAUGUGAAUUUAAAGUAAAUAAAGCAUACGCCAUUGUCAGUUCAUCAAUGAGCUUCUGGAUACCAGGAAUUGUCAUGCUGUCCAUGUACUAUCGCAUUUAUCAAGAGGCGGAUAGGCAAGAACGUUUGGUCUAUAGAUCCAAAGUGGCUGCCCUUUUGCUAGAGAAGCAUUUGCAGAUUAGCCAAAUACCAAAGCCGAGGCCAAGCAUACAAGUGGAGCAAUCGACCAUAACCACAAUGAGACGGGAACGUAAAGCGGCUCGUACUCUGGGCAUUAUAAUGAGUGCAUUUCUCUUGUGCUGGCUGCCAUUCUUCUUGUGGUAUAUAACUUCCUCUCUAUGCGAUAGCUGCAUAACACCGCGUAUUGUUGUUGGUAUUCUAUUUUGGAUUGGUUACUUCAACUCGGCAUUGAAUCCCAUUAUCUAUGCAUAUUUCAAUCGCGAUUUCAGGGCUGCCUUUAAAAAGACCCUGAAGAGCUGCUGUCCCUAUGCGUUCAUCAAUUGUCGCGACAUCUUUCGUAUGGGCGGCGGUGCCGGCGGCGGCAGAGACCUUGUCGGUGGCAUUGGACGAAGAGGAACAAAUGGCGCCAGAACUGGCUCUGGUUCGGCCGAUAUGCCAAACUGUAUGAUGAACUCCACGGCCUCAUCGGAGAUACACAUGAGUGUGAUGCGGGCCCGUCAGACAUAUGCAGUGACUGUAACGCCCACUAUGGAUGCCCUGGCUGAACAGCAGUUGCAUCCUUUGUAUACCAACUAAAUUCUACAAUGCUCUUCGAUUUAGUAUCUGUGUUUGUACAUGUGUGUGUGUGUGUGAAACCUAAAUCCUACUAUAAAGUAAAUGUAGAUAUGUGCAUGUCUAUAACUAAGUGUGUGAGAGUGAUUCUGUAUACGUGUGUGUGUGUGUGUGUGAAUGCGUUUCAAUAGACUUAGUUAUGUGGGCUUGUUCCGCUUCUCACAAAAUCCUGGAAAAGCAAAGCUUCCACAUGUUACUCCUUUCACAAUUUCCAAGUGAAAUUUCAAUCAAGAAUCUAACUAACAGAAGAAAGAAAGAGCAAAAAAAAAAAAAAAGAACUCGACAAUCCCACAGAUUAAAUAAAGCCUUCAAACAAAAAAUACAAAAAGAAAAAAAAAUAAAAUAAA